AUGAAGGUGGAGGAGGAGGGAAGACGCUCUCCACACAAUCGUGGGGAAGCGUGUGUUCCCCAGAGCUUCUUUGAUCGCGGAACGCAAGGGUUACGCGAUGAUCUCGAACAUGAGCGGGACAGGCGUCUCCAACUGGCGGAUACUGUUUUGAAGCAUCGAGCUGAGUUUGCCUUUGCUCAGCUUGAGAACGAGAGAGCUCUGACAUCUCUGCGUGACGAGCUAAGGGUAGCUAGUGUGGAUAUUGACCGGUCUCGGGAUGAGAUAACUGCUAUUCAGACCCUUGUCGAUGCUCACCAUCGGGAGCACAAGGCCCUCUGUCAGAUGCUUGAGCGCAAGGGACUUCUUCAUCGGAAGAAAAAGCGUACAGGUGGUACGGCUUAA